UACUUCUAUAACCAUCAUCAAGACUUGCAUAAUAUAGAAAUAUAGCUAUUUUUCUUUCUGUUUAUUUCUUCGAGUAAUAUUUUGUUUCUGAGAUUAUGGCUACUAGGCAAGCACCAUUCAACCCCGUUCCAGCUAUGAGAACAUACCCGCCAGCGGAGCAUCCAGUGGUGGUAAUAGGGCCAGUACAGUACCUGGCACAGUACCCUGUUGAACUCGACGUCAACAGUGAUUUUAAGGUGUCUGACAUUAAUGGCACCCUCAUCUUCCAGGUCAAAAGUAAACUAUUAAGCCCCCAUGAUCGUCGUUUUCUGAAAGAUGCAGCCGGUAACACCCUUGUCAAUCUCAGGCAGAAGAUAAGGACCAUGCAUGGGAGGUGGGAGGCUUUUAGAGGAAAAAGCAAGGAGAAGAAUGAUUUGCUUUUCACAGCCAAGAAAUCAAAGCUGUUCCAAUUCAAGACUGAGUUAGACGUAUUCUUGGGUAAUAACAAAGGAGAGGUCCCUGAUUUCAAGGUCAAAGAAGGCAACAGCGAGAGUUCCUGCUCUAUACUUCUUGGAGAUUCCAAUACCAUGCUUGCACAAGUGCAUGGAAGACACACUCUCGCCAUGAUGCCUAAUGUUGAUUAUGCCUUCAUAGUGGCUCUUGCGGUGGUGAUUCUCGAGUGGAUCAAUGCAUAUGAUUAUGGGGAUGCAGCCAUUAACGGUUUUAUCGAUGGAUUUCACUACCAGAAAUUCGCUUCAUACCAACGGCAUUACCGACGGCAUACUUCUGUUAGUAAUUUGAGGACUCAAUUACAGACGGAAUUUUUUCCAUCCGUCAUUCCGCCGGUAUAUACCGACGGACACAUUCGGUCGGUAUUUACCGACGAAAUGACGGACGGAAUAUUCAAAAUUAAAAAAAAGACAGUUCGCUGGCGUGAAGGUUUUUGCGGAUGAUUUUACACCGACGGAAUCACCGAGGGAUUCAAAACAUCAGCUCCGUACGGUGACGUGAUAGAUUCACCGUUUAAAAUGCCGAUGGAGUCAUCGAGGGAUUUAAAUCGAAAUCUCCGUACAGUGACGUGCCCUGUUUACUGUCAGAAUAGCCGACGGACUCACAGACAGAAUAAUUUUGUCGGUAAGUUUGUCGGUAAAAGUUAAUAUAUGCCCACUCUGCCGACCCUCUCCUCCCCUAUUUCUCCUUUUUCUUCCCCAUCCCAACUCUCCCCUACUGCAAACAACCAGCCCCCCCUAAAAACAAAAUCUCCCUCUUCUCAGCCCAAGAAGUCAUAUUUCUUGAAGUUUUGUGGUCACAGCAUCCGUGUUUGAUUUACCGACGGAUUU